GCAGCGGAAUGACAACAUCGAUAGUCACGGCCCUUCUUCCAUCCAAACCGACUGCCAAACAUCGACCAAAAAAAGCGAUCAGCCUCCGGACUUGUGUGUUUGGGGACUUUAUUCUUUAUGUGGGAGAAGCAGCAUCAACAUGGCAGAUGACAAGGACGUGCUGAGAGACGUUUGGUUCGGCCGGAUCCCCACCUGCUUCACCCUCAACCCGGAUGAGGUGACUGAGAGAGAGGCCGAGCCCUACUAUCUGCUGUUGCCCAGGGUUAGCUACCUGACUCUGGUCACAGACAAGGUGAAGAAACACUUCCACAAAGUGAUGAGGGCCGAGGACGUGGAGGAGAUGUGGUUCGAGUAUGAAGGGACGCCACUGAAAUGGCAUUAUCCAAUCGGAGUUCUGUUUGACUUCCAUGCGUCCAACACCGUCUUACCCUGGAGCAUCACUGUGCACUUUAAGAAUUUUCCGGAGCGUGACCUGCUCCACUGCCCGUCCAACUCUGUGAUCGAGGCUCACUUCAUGUCCAGCAUCAAGGAGGCCGACGCCCUCAAGCACAAGAGCCAAGUCGUCAACGACAUGCAGAAGAAAGACCACAAACAGCUGUGGAUGGGCCUGCAGAACGAUAAGUUUGACCAGUUCUGGGCCAUGAACAGGAAGCUGAUGGAGUAUCCCACCGAGGAGGGGGGCUUCAGAUACAUCCCCUUCAGGAUAUACCAGACACUGAGUGACAGGCCGUUUAUCCAGAAACUAUUUCGCCCAGUUUCACCUGAAGGCAACAUGCACACACUCGGCGACCUGCUGAAGGAGAUGUACCCGGCCGCUUUACCAAACGACGGUGAGCAGAAGCGUUACCAGGUGGUGAUUCACGGCAUCGAGCCGCUGCUGGAGACGCCACUGCAGUGGCUCAGCGAACACCUCAGCCACCCCGAUAACUUUCUGCACAUCUGCGUCGUCCCCGUCCCCUCUGACUGAGGCCGCGCCUGCCACACCUCACUAUCACCGUGACGACCGACUGACCAAUCAGCCGUCCCGCCAGCCGGCUGGGUAACUCUGGAAACGGUGGCGCUUAACGGUGGAACUAACAGACUCUUGAACGAGAAGAUAAAGAUGAACAAAGGAUGUGAAGGAGGUGCAAACAGACCUCCUUUCUCAUCUUAUUUAUAUUUCUACUCCUCCUACCACGACUACUCCUUCUUUUCCUUCAGAAAACUUGUUUUUAGGACGUGAGGGUGAAAAGAUCGUCUCUUCCCAAAAGAAAAUAAAGACACUUCUGAAGGUGAAGAGCUCGAUGAAUGAGCAGCAACUCUCCUUUUUCUACUCUCUCUCCUCCUCCUCUGCAAACAUCUCCACAGAGGAGAGGAGGCGAAUGGAUCCCUCCAUUUUCCAUCCUGCCAUACAUCUCCCUCCUCGUCCAGUCCAAGAGAAAGACUGUCCUGUCAGCAGGGAGAUGCGAUUGUUUGGGAUUUGGGGAGAGGUGUGUCCAGUCCUGCUGAAGUUGCCUUAGUUAACGCUUUCAUUUUUAUCCACGUCGUCACUGCGAAAACGUCAACAGAGUCACUUUGAGUUUACAGUCAAAUCCAAAAACUCGCUACUAACUUCUUCUGGUUUGUUUUUGACUUUUUACAGAUGAUUUUUGUGUUGGUUAUGUUUCUGCGUUAACAUUCGGCUUCAUGUGAUGAAGCAGAAUAAGAAGAGGACGAUUUGUUUUCUGCUGAUUCUCUCCGCUGAUUCACUUUGUUUCAGCAUCAUUCUGCUGGGAUCUAAUUUUUUAAGUUAUUUGAAAAAAAGCAACUUAACGAGCAUAAACAGAGAGCGUCAUCACCUGAUGCUGCUCCUGAAUCCACUUUAAAGUGCAGCUUUUACUCAGUAACUAUGUAACUCCACUUUAAAUAUUUUGCUUCAUUGUAGGUUCAGUUCAGAUCAAAGAGUCGCGACGAGACGAGUUAAAACAUGCAGGGACUACAUUUUAAAAAACCUACACCAAUGAGAUGAGAUGGUGAAUUGUCUCCAUAGCAACCAGUCACUGUACUUUUGUUGUGAAACCAAACUUAUUUUGUAGCUGAAAAUAAUUUGGAGCCUUUGAAAUAAAAAUGAGGACAGUGAGAUACUUGAUAAAGUUGCACAUUUUGCGGUGAGGAAACAGCAAAAAUGAACAAAAUGUCUUCAGAUGGAAAAUAUUCACAACAAUACCAACACCACAAUAAUGAAAAUAACUGGCGCAAAUUAAUCAAUCAUGGAGUGUGUGCGGUGUCACAUGAGCACACACAGCGAACAGCAGCAGCGACACAUCGUGAGGAGGGCUCGACGUGACUGAGCACCUGCUGCAGCAGGCGAACACGCCAUCUGCAGGCAGUUUAACCCUUUGAAACCAGGAGCAACAUCACUUUUCUUUUUGGUGAGUUUUGUCCUUUUUUUGCUAAUUUUUGGGUAAUUUCUUCUGUCGAUGCUCUUUGCCUAGUUCCUGUGUUUUUGGCAUAAAUCAGGCCACAUUGCUCAGGUUUGAAAGGGUUAACUGACUUGGCCAGCUGACUUUGCUAUAAACUGAUUGGCUGUCGAAACAGAACCAGCCGCGGCAAUUUGAGAAGUCGCAGAUAACACCUUCAGCUGUCUUAAGUCGAGCAGAGUCAAGUCAGUUCACACCGCUGCAACGGUCUGAAGCGGUUUCGUCUCGCUGCGAAUCUUUGGUCUGCACUGAGAUUCAAGGAUAAAUUCCAGCUUCAUAAAACUUAUUUUCAUCGUUGAAAUAAACGGAAAUUGUCCGUUAAUGGUUACACGCUCCUCUGUAGGUGAUGGGACAAAAACAAACUUUAAGUUAAAUUUGCGUUAGACUCUGUUAUUGACUUGUUUUGCUUCUUUGCAGGAGACAGAGAGAAAGAGAAAGAGGAUUUUCACAGGGUAUCUAUCAGAGUUUUUUUCACGCGUCUGAAGCGUUUUGUGCGUUUGGGGGUCACACGUGUUUUCAAUAGCAGGUGUUGAUUUCUCCCCAUCAAUACGACACAGUGUAGCUGUUUUACUGUCUGUUUCUUUGGGCUUUGGCUCGAGCCUCUUUGUCUGCAGCCAAACUUAAAUGAGCAUCUGGUUUUGUUUCGUCGUAAGAACUCGGCUGAGAUAAUGAGACAGCGGGCACGGUUAGCGUCGAGUCUGCAGGCCGCUGGGGGCCACAGCGGUUUGAUAAGUCUCACAUUAGCAAAUUUUAGUUUGUGAUCAAACAGAUCUGGCAAAAGCAUCCAUGACGUUUGCCAGAACACUAACUUAAACCGAGGGCAGCCAGAUCGGAUUACUUUGCUGGAUGUUGAGAGUUAUUAAUCAGCCGUUGUUUUUUUUCUUUCUUUUUUUUUGUUUUAGUAAAGUUUGCAUCAUAUAUCAGCAUCUUGUUUUUUUUUUUUUUACAUCUGUUCAUACUGAAAUAAAAUGGCACAUUCAGCUGUUAUCAAGAAUGACUUCAAAUAAAAAUGAGUUGAAUUGAA